GUUUCUCCUUCUAUAUAAUGAAACAAAGCUUAUUGGUUGUUCCUCAUCAACCAGAAAGAGAUCUACAAACAGAACUCACCAAUCUUAUCUCUUUCCUUCUCCACCUUGCUUUCCAAUCUCAAGCUUUAACUCUCCCUGAAAAUGAUGAUAAACGCAAAGACGCUCAUGAAGUUGGCUAAGACAUGGCAACAAAGAGCAGCCCUCAAGAGGAAAAGAAUUUCAUUUCAGAGAUCAAGUAUUACUACUACUAGCAGCCAAACAACUGUAGAAAAGGGUUGUUUCGUGGUUUACACGGCUGAUAAGAUCCGUUUUUCAUUUCCCUUAAGUUACCUAAGCAACACUAUUGUCCAAGAGCUCUUGAAAAUAUCUGAAGAAGAGUUCGGUCUCCCGACGGAAGGACCAAUCACAUUGCCAUUCGAUUCGGUCUUUUUAGAGUAUCUCAUCAAACUGAUCCAAAGACGAAUGGAUGAAGAUACAGAAAAGGCUCUGUUAUGGUCAAUCUCAAGUGCUAGAUGCUCUUUGCAACCACAACAACAUUGUAGUGCUACUCAACAGUUGCUUGUGUUUUAGAGUUUCGCAAAUUUCUGUUUUUUGUAAAGUUUAGCUUACAAAUCUUUAUCUCUGAAGAAAGAGUUUAGCCUCC